AUGUUGACGCUCGCGCUCAUCUUUGCCGCACUUGUGUGCACGGUCGCUGCGCGGCCUUCACUCAACUACCUGGAGAGUCACUUCACCGCCGAGAAUGAGUCAGAAGAAGUCCGCUCUGCCGCCAUCAAGAGGCUUCUGGAGGUUUUUGGGAUGGAGGACCCUCCUGCGAUCCACGGACACAAGCAGCCUCCACAGUACAUGCUCGAUCUGUACAACACGGUCGCUGAUGUGGAUGGUGUUACCAAGGACCCGUAUCUUCUGGAGGGGAAUACUGUGCGCAGUUUCUUCGACAGAUUGCGAAGUGAACAGGUGGAGUUCAGGUUCAACUUGUCCACGGUUGCAAGAACAGAGAAGAUCCUGACUGCAGAGCUUCAUUUGUUCAAGCUGCGACCACAGGCCACCUCAACAUUUAACAGACAUCACUUCUGCCAAGUCAGUGUUUAUCAAGUGCUCGACACCAGCAAAAGCAACAACACACUAGGGAAGAAGCUGCUGUCUUCUCGACUCAUCCCAGUCCACUCCACUGGUUGGGAGGUGUUCACCAUCACUCAGGCUGUUCGCUCCUGGAUGGUGGAUGAAGGCAACAACUUGGGCCUCCACGUAGUGGUUCAAACCCUGGGUGGGAGCAGGAUGGACUUGAAACUGAUCCGCUUUGCCUCGGGACGCAACCACCACCAGAGCAAACAGCCAAUGUUGGUUCUCUUCACUGACGAUGGACGCCGCUCUUCUGCUCCUGAGAUUACAGACCCAAAUGAUUUCGCAGCCACUUCCAGCCUGCCACACGCCCCCAUGUCGGGUCCACCCUCCCGCAGCGCUCGCUCCCUGGACUACAGCGACGAGGACGGCACGUCCAUGCCCUGCCAACGCCUGCCUCUCUAUGUGGACUUUGAGGAGAUUGGCUGGUCUGGCUGGAUCGUGUCUCCGCGCGGCUACAAUGCUUACCACUGCAAAGGCUCCUGCUCCUUCCCCCUGGGUCAGAACAUGAGGCCGACCAACCACGCCACCGUCCAGUCCAUCAUCAACGCACUGAAGCUGAUCAAAGGCAUCGAGACGCCGUGCUGUGUGCCGGACAAGCUCUUCUCCAUCAAUCUGCUCUACUUUGACGACGAUGAGAACGUGGUGCUCAAACAGUACAGCGACAUGGUGGCUGGAAGCUGUGGCUGCCACUGACGUUUCAGUCGUCACUGGCGGUGUGUGGCACCGUUUAAAUCCACUACGGGGACACAGACAGUCGUGCCGUGUGCCACAUGUGACAUGUAAUAUAUGUAAAUACCCUUAAAUUAUAAUAUAUGGCAGCGAUGGAAGUGACAGCCUGUGCGAAAGAUGUAAAUGUGUAUA